UAGAUUAUAGAUAAAAGAGAUAGUAGUAGGGUGAUGAGGCAGAGAGAGAGAGCAAUGGAUAUGGUUAGCGAUGUGAUCGAGCACAAGGCUUACGCGAGGGUGGGUUUUCUGGGAAACCCGAGCGACGUGUAUUACGGCAAAACGAUAUCGUUUAGUCUGGGCAACUUCUGCGCCACCGUCAAACUCGCUCCCUCCGACGUCUUAAUCAUCCAACCCCACCCUCUCCACGAUCUCGUCCAUUUCGCAUCUCUCUCUCAAUUGGUUCACCGCUUGAGCUCCGAGGGUUACUAUGGCGGCGUGCGAUUGCUCAUGGCUAUCUGCAAAGUCUUCUACGCUCAUUGCCGAGACAACGCUAUCCAACUUCGUCCAUCCAAUUUCACUCUCUCCUACGACACUAACAUCCCUCGCCAGGCUGGUCUCUCCGGUUCCAGCGGGAUUGUGUGCGCUGCGUUGAACUGUUUGCUUGAUUUCUACGCUGUGAGGCACCUCGUCAAGGUGGAGAUCAGGCCUAACCUUAUUCUCGCUGCGGAGAAAGAGCUUGGAAUUGUCGCUGGUCUUCAGGAUCGGGUCGCGCAAGUUUACGGUGGCCUUGUUUACAUGGACUUUAGCAAGGAUAGCAUGGAUGAACUGGGCCAUGGUAUUUAUACACCUAUGGAUUUGAGUCUCCUCCCUCCUCUGUAUCUCAUCUAUGCGGAAAAUCCUAGUGAUUCUGGCAAGGUUCAUAGUAAAGUACGACAGAGGUGGCUUGAUGGUGAUGAAUUCAUUGUGUCUUCAAUGCUUGAAGUUGCUAGUAUUGCUGAAGAAGGAAGGACUGCAUUAGAAAAAAAAGACUACUCCAAACUUGCAGCACUCAUGAAUCGAAAUUUUGACUUGCGAAGGUUAAUGUUUGGGGAUGAUGCCCUCGGUGCUUUGAACUUAAAAAUGGUAGAGGUUGCUAGAAAGGUUGGAGCUGCGUCAAAAUUUACAGGUAGCGGAGGAGCUGUUGUUGCAUUUUGUCCUGAGGGGGCUUCUCAAGUGAAGCUUCUCGAGGAUGAAUGCCAAAAAGAAGGAUUUGUGAUACUACCUAUUGAAAUUUUUCCUUCUCGUCUAAAUGAUAUUGACUUGAAAACCUUGCAAAUAAAGUAAUUUAAUUUGAGGGUUUGAAGAAAGAAACAUUUCCAUUUAAUUUGGGAGUUAGUUGUCAAACUGUGAUUUUGUUUUUUGAUCGAUUAAUUCAGAAAAGAAAAAUAGGGAUUGAAUUUGUUAAUUAUGAACCGCUGUGUUUUUAUUUUGAAGGGUUUAUGUACUGAGAUGUAUGCUAGACAGUUUUCCUGCAUACAUAUUUAAUGUGUUAAAAUAUCGACUUCAUUUUUGUUAUGUUUUGAA